AUGUUAGGAUAACUUAACCUCUAAUUCAUUAAAAGAAGCUCUUCAAGCCUUUUGAAAUCAACUAAAAGAUCCUAUGGUGGGCCUAUAAUGGAUUCGAAUGAAGGUUAUAUAGAUCUCAGAAGUGAUACAUUUACGAAGCCCACAAAAAGAAUGAGAGAAGCAAUGGCUAAUAGUAAAGUAGGUGAUGAUUGUUAUGGGGAAGAUCCUUCUAUAAAUGAGCUGCAAGUACAAAUUGCCAAGCUAUUUGGAAAGGAGGCAGCUUUAUUUGCUCCUACAGGUACCAUGUCAAACUUGAUUUGCAUGAUGAUACAUUGUAGAGUAAAAGGAGAGGCAGCUAUUCUCGGAGAUUAAUCUCACAUUUACAACAUAGAAAGAGGUGGCAUCUCAGCUUUAGGAGGAAUCCAUCCAAUAGUAGUCAGUAAUACCAAAGAAGGCAGCUUAGAUUUAAAACAGCUUAAAAGAGCUAUUCCACCUAGUAGUUAUCAUUUAGCACAACCAAGAGUUGUAGCCCUAGAAAAUACACACAAUUUAGCAGGAGGAAUGGUGAUUGACUUGAAAGAAAUAUCUAAAGUUAACUCUAUUGCUAGAAAGCAUAACAUAAAGAUGCACUUGGAUGGAGCCAGAGCCUUAAACGCUGCUUCUUACUUAAACAUUGAUCCAGCAGAUCUAGUAGCAGAUUUUGAUACUGUUAAUUUCUGUUUGAGCAAGGGACUUGGCUGCCCGAUUGGAAGUUUAGUCAUUGGAACGAAGGAAGAUAUUGCUCAUGCAGUAGUAAUCAGAAAAAUGCUUGGAGGAGCUAUGAGGCAAGUUGGAGUCCUGGGUAUUUGUGGUUUAGACGCUUUAUAAGACUGGAAGGAAAUCAUGAAAACCGAUAAUGAAAAUGGAUAAUACUUAGCUUAAUAAAUUAGCUCCUUACCCUGGAUCAGUAUCAAUGCAGAAUCAGUAAAGACAAAUAUCAUCAUAUUUAGAGUCAAGAAGCACUCUUAAUUUGGAGAUAGUGCAAAGGCAUUUAGUGAUCACAUGAGAUUUAAUGAGAAAAUCUUAAUGAGUCCAAGUUUCAUUGACCAUGAUAAAAUAAGAAUGGUAACUCAUAGAGACAUCACUUAGUAAGAUUUAGAAAAAGUUAUUAAGGCAUUUAAAUCAGUUAAAUGA